GCGCACUCUCGACCAAGUGCCACAACCAUCACCGAGCGCAGCAGCGAGAUGGACACGGCCGCCACCAGCUACUGGGCGCAGCACGCAGAGCUUAAGGCGGCGCACCACGACAGCGCAAUCCAAGUCUUCCAGUCGUUCCACAAGACGCUGCAGCAGUGGCAUGGCACGGACGAGCAGCGCGCCAAGCUCGAGCGGCUCAUCAAGUACGUCGAGUAUUGCGUCGAAGUGCUCGACGACGACACCACGUGCCGGGGCCACGAGGACCUUGAUCGCGUCCACAAGUACAUUCACAGCAUCGUGCUGCCGUACCUGAGCAAACUGCACGUCGAAGAAGUAUCAUUUGGGCGCAAAGCGUCAUCUGCGUCGUACGUGUCGAUGACAACGACAGCCAGCAGCACAGCCGAUGGCACGCUGCACCCCACGACGACAACGACAACAUGGGCCGACGACAGCGCAUCCUUUGGCAGCAGUAGCUCACGCCCCGACACAUCCGACCUCUACUGGCUACAACUGGCAGGACUCAAAGACAAGUACGAGGCCGAUGUUCUCACCGUGUGUUCGGCGCUCCGGCAGCACUUGACGGACCGCGGCCGUGACGCGACGUCGUCGCUGCAAGAGAUCGAGCACUGCGCCGCCGUCUUGACCGAAGACCGCAGUACCCAUAUAGCGCGAUCGCUCGAAGAGCUGGAGCGUGUCUGGCAGUCCAUUGAUCGGGUCGUGCUGCCCUACACGAGUGUUCUGAACGUGCCAACGACGUUGACAAGCGACUCGGUGCAGGACGACAAGUCAACGACGCCGUACUGGCGAGAGCAUGCGAUGCUCUGCGCCACGUACCGCCACGAUGUGCUUGCCGUCGAGCACGCCUACGAGACGUAUGUGACCCAUAUGAACGACCCGAUGCAUGAAGCCAAGAAGGACCGCGUGCGUCGACUUCUCGAGCGGGUUCAGUGGGUCCGCAGUGUGCUGGACGAAGAUGCCGAGACGGCCAACGAACGCUCGAUGGAAGAGCUUGAGCUGGUGUAUAGCUACAUCCUCAAGUACGUCUCGCCGUAUCUCAACAAAGCAGCAGCCAAGGAAGCAAUCGCACCACCGUCGACAUAACACGAAAUGGACAUGUUGUCGUAGCUACUGGAGACCGC